UCGGGGUCCGGCAUGGCCGCCACGCUGACUGUGGAGCCCGCGGGCCGCUGCUGCUGGGACGAGCCCGUGCGCAUCGCCGUGCGCGGCCUGGCCCCCGAGCAGCCCGUCACGCUGCGCGCGUCCCUGCGCGACGAGAAGGGCGCGCGCUUCCGGGCCCACGCGCGCUACCGCGCAGACGCCGCCGGCCACCUCGACCUGGCGCGCGCGCCCGCGCUGGGCGGCAGCUUCGCGGGGCUCGAGCCCAUGGGGCUCCUCUGGGCCCUGGAGCCCGACAGGCCGUUCUGGCGCCUGGUCAAGCGGGACGUGCAGACGCCCUUCGUCGUGGAGCUGGAGGUGCUGGACGGCCACGAGCCCGACGGCGGGCGGCUGCUGGCCCGGGCGGAGCACGAGCGCCACUUCAUGUCGCCAGGGGUGCGGCGGGUGCCGGUGCGCGCGGGCCGGGUGCGGGCCACGCUCUUCCUGCCGCCAGGACCAGGACCCUUCCCAGGGAUCAUUGACAUCUAUGGUGUUGGAGGGGGCCUGUUGGAAUAUCGAGCUAGCCUUUUGGCUGGCCAUGGCUUUGCCACGAUGGCUCUAGCCUAUUAUGACUUUGAAGAUCUCCCCAAGGAUUACAACACUGUAGAGCUGGACUACUUUGAAGAAGCCAUGUGCUACCUGCUUCAACAUCCCCAGGUAAAGAGCCCAGACAUCGGACUUCUGGGCAUUUCUCUUGGAGCUGAUAUUUGUCUCUCAAUGGCCUCAUUCUUGAAGAAUUUCUCAGCCACAGUUUCCAUCAAUGGCUCUGGGUUCAGUGGAAACAGAGACAUACACUAUAAGCAGACUAAGAUCCCACAGUUGGGCCAUGACCUGAGGAGAAUCAAGGUCACUUUCUCAGGCAUUCUGGACAUUGUGGAUAUACGCAAUGAUAUUGUAGGAGGGUGUAAGCACCCCAGUAUGAUUCCAGUAGAGAAGGCCCAGGGGCCCAUCCUCUUCAUUGUUGGUCAGGAUGACCAUAACUGGAGGAGUGAAGUGUAUGCCCAAAUAGCUUCUGAAAGGCUACAGGUGCAUGGAAGGGAAAAACCCCAGAUCAUCUCUUACCCUGGAACUGGGCAUUACAUUGAACCUCCUUACUUCCCCAUGUGCCCAGCCUCCCUGCACAGAUUAGUAAACAAAGCUGUGGUCUGGGGUGGGGAGCUCAGGGCUCACUGUAAGGCCCAGAUAGAUGCAUGGCAGCAAAUUCUGUCCUUCUUUCACAAACACCUGGAGGGUACCCAGAAGAGUACUUCCCCCAAAUUGUAAUGCAUUUGUUUGUGUUGACAUAUAAGAUUCAAGGUCAUAUUCUGGUGUUCAGUAACUUAUGUGAAUCACUUGUC